AUGCGUACACCCAGUAUUAUCCUCGCGAUUCUUUCGCUCUCUUCUACGAUCUCUGCGCUUGCGGCUCCGAGAUCUGCAGCUCUCGAUCGUGGAUUGAAUGAAUUUGAAGAGGGUUGCCAAUGUUCUGCUAUGGGAUCCGUCUGCCAUAAAGCAUCCUAUAUCAACUGCUGCAAUGGAUUCUCCUGCGAAAUGAUGGACAAUCCCAAUGGGGAUUAUGGUAUUUGUCGCGCGUCGGAUGAUCGUAAGAAGGAUGAGAAAUGCAUGUGUUCCAUGUCUGAUGAUGUGUGUCAUCCAAAAUCCGACAUCAAUUGCUGUUUCGGUCUCUAUUGUGAUAUGACCAAUAACCCCAAUGGCGAUUACGGAAAAUGUAAACCUUCGCACGAGUCGAAGAAUCCAUUCAAAAAAAUCGGAGAUGCGGAAAAAUGUUUAAAAUCGGGCGACCAUCAAGCCAUGCAUUGUAAUUUGCUAGGCGCACCACCCUGUUGCUCCGGAGCAAAAUGUAACAAGGUUGGAAGAUCCGAUAGCCAAAUGUUUAUGUGCGAAAAAGAAUCCGACGAUAAGGAUCAAGACGGUGAUGAUAAGUGUUUGAAACCUGGUUGUAUGGGUACCCCUCCUCACUAUCUGCAUCAAUACUUAUUCUUCGCUAGCAAUGCAUUGCAAUUACCUUGGCUCCCCAAAAUGUUGCAGCGGAUCAAAAUGCAACAAGAUUGGAAAGUCUGA